AUGCCCCGCUCUGCAGCCAAGUCCCAAGCUGACAAAGGUAGAAGGUCGUCUGUCCAAGCGAUCACACCUCGAACCCAGGACCUGGAAGUGGAAGACAUUAUCCCUGGUCGCUUGACUCAGGUCCAAUGGACGGACAUGUUGAUCCAGGAGGAUGCAGAGGAUACAGUGGGGGAGAUCAUGGAGGAACUGUUGAGUCAGGUCAUGGAAGGCUGCUUCGAUGCGUACACUAAAAGACAGCUAGCCCCUUUCUCCACAUCCUGGGCCAAAAGUUACCUCAUACAGAUUCUGGAGCAGCAAUUUCUGUGCCGAGAUGAAGGAGAGGGAGCUCAGGAAGCAUCUAAAACAGAAGACUCAGAGCCUAUGCCAGCAACUCCAGAUGUCUGGGCUCAAGGAUGUUUUCCUGUUGUACAUCCUACCCCUUCAUCUAAACCCACCUCACGACAGGAGACUGAAAUUGGCGAGGCCCCAGGACAAAAAGAGCCAACAACCGAACCACAAUGUAAUAUUAUGGCCCAAACAAACAGCUCUCCAAACCAAUCUGAGAAGGAAAUAAUCCCCAGCAAGCCUGUUAAUGACAGGAGAUACAGAGUGCUUAGCCCUCGCUCCCCACCACAAAUAAAUCAAAAGAAAAAACAGCAAGAUCAUUUACUUCCCAGGCUUGUUGCAAGCAAAUUUCUGCCAUCCCUGUCCAGUCCAUCAGAAAAAAAGGACACGGAGGAAGAGGGUGGAAGGAGAUCACAGUCCACUUAUAACCAAACAACUGGAUCUUUACAUCGGUAUAAGGACUGUCAAUUCAUACCAAAGCUUGAUCAUUCCUGUCUGCCUCGUCACUGCAUCAUUCCUCAGUAUGAGAUCUUAGAUAACAACAACACAAAACUCAACUCCAAGAAACCACAUGGACUAUCGAAACUAGAACCAAGAUAUGACAAGCAGCAAACUAAGUGGACAGUAACCUCGUCAAAGCCAUUAACUGGCUAUGAGGGUCAGCCAGCAAAGAGCAGAAAUGAGGCCGAUGGCUUGCUGAGGAAGUCAUUUCCCUCUAGACAUAGAAGAGAAAUGAUGAUGUCCUCUGGGCUUAGGCUGGACACCAUGGAUUUGGCCAAGGGUGUCUCUCUCCUGGAUCCUCGGGCUGCUGAAAUUAACCCACUCAAAUUUAAACCUCGGGCCCCGUCUACCAAGCUGAGGCCGAUACGGAGUGAUGGCUCUUUGCCGCUGUUCUCUGUGGAUCAGUUUACCACGGGUCCACCACCGCAGGUCACCCCAUUGUUUCAGUCCUAG